UUUUUUUUCAAUUCACCCUUUAUCAUCGGGUUACGUACUGUAGCUAGCUAAUCGGCUAAUUGUAAUCGCUCAGUGUUCACGUCGUGGAGGUUAGUCAUUAGCUUCAUUAUACUAAUUGUUCCUUUCAUUCGCUCCGGCAUGCCAAGUUAACACGGACAGUAUUUCCAGUUGUCUUGUCGUUGAGAAACUACGCUUUGACAUCAUCAGUUCCUCAUGCCAGGUGAGCAAAGUGAGCAGCAGCUGUGCGUCGAGGUGUGUCAUAAUUUCAAUUUCCAUGGACAAGUUGUUUACUGCCCUCAAUAAAAAAUAAAGGAUAGAGGAAAACGGAGACCCAGAAGAACUGCCACAGAUGUAAUCGCUCGACAGCUAGCAGCCAUGUCCAUAGAGUACACCAUUGAUAUCCAGCUGACAGAGUUGGGAUUUCCAGACAUCCUGCAGUCGCAGGAGACUUCAGUGAUAGAGACACCGUGUCUUUCCACAUCAUCUGAUGACUCACUAUCACCCAGUCACUCUCACACUUCCUUUCCAAACGCACACAAAGAAAAACUGCUGGUCAGAGGCCAGCAAUCAGCUGCUGGUAAAGAAGCAGGUGCAGCAAAACAGACUUCACUCAAUGAACAAAACGCUAUGGUAUGUGCAUCAGCUCUGUCAGAGGCGGUACUAUGUAAACCUCCAGAUCCUUCGCAGAGUCUACAAGACAAACAAGCUGUCAAAGGCUCUGCACCUCCAGAAUCGUCAGAGCCCACAGAACAUGAUAUUGGCCCGGACGACAGGGACAGUCCGCUGCUGAUAACCCAACAGGAAGAUGAUGGAGAGGAAGCACAGGAGAAUUCAACAGAGGCACAGCAGGAUGUGGAGAGUGACUCGGAUGGCAGUGAUGUUUCAGAGGUGUACGAGGAAGAGGAGGUUGAUGAGGAAGAGGAGGAAGAGGAAGGGCCUAACAAUGAGUCAAGUCAUUCCGGCGACUACUGCUGCAAUGUCUGUGAUCUACAGCUAUCCUCCAAAUUCAAGCUCCAAGACCACAUGAACCUGCACACGGGGGCACGUCCGUACUGCUGUGCUGAGUGCGGGAAGCGCUUCUGUCAGAUUUACAACUACCGCGUCCACCUGCGCACACAUGCCCAGAAUAAAGUGGCACGUCUCCAGUGCCGCGUCUGUCUGAUGAGCUUUGCCUCACAAGAAGCCUUGAAAGACCACCUGUCAAGAACUCACUUCGAGGACCAGUUUUAUGAGUGUGACCUAUGCAAACGCGUGUUUACUUCCCUGAAGGCAUGCGAACAUCAUGUGCAGUUACACAAAUGUUUGCUGGGCGUUAAUUGUGAAGUAUGUGGCCGCAAUUUCACCUCUCCAAAAUCCCUCGCGCGCCACCGGAGGAGGACUUGCCAUCGCAAUUUUAAAUGCACAGACUGCACAAAGACCUUUACCAAGAAGAACGCUCUCCUAAAACACAGCUUCUCCCAUCUGGGUUUGUUGCCUUACACCUGCAUGCGAUGCCGCAGCCACUUCCGCCUGGCAAAACUUUACCGCCAACACAAGUGCGAGCCUCAACGCAUUCACUGUGUGGCGUGUCUAAGAGAAUUCCUCAGUCAGGAGGACUUCCAGCAACACAAAAAGGACACGGGCUGCUGGGGCAAUCAGGAACCUAAAGGAGAUGAGAUCCGAUGUUUGGAGUGCGGGCAGAGAUUUGACACCUCGGAAGAGCUGAAGAAACAUGCCGGGGCUCACCAGAGAGUGCUGAAAUGUGCCGAAUGUGGUAAGGGGUUUCGGUCGGCCUUGCUGCUAAUGUCCCACAUGGGCGGUCACGCCGGCAAGUCGCCUUGCCUUUGUCAGAGCUGCGGACUGGGCUUUCCUCACCAGCAGAACUACGACAGCCACCUUAAGAAGUGUGGACAAACACCUGCGAGUGCUCCCAAGAAACAGCAGACCUCAAAGAGUUCCUCAUCUGAGACAGAAAAGCUCAACACAAAGCCAGACUCAUCAAAUCCAGCAAGCACAGCCACAGUGCCUGCAGCACCUCUUAAGGACUCUGCUAGUCCAGGCCCUGUGACAGGGGGUGUAUCCAAAACGGGCUCUGGUCCAUCAGACGGGUUAUGGAAGUUAACCCUUGACAAACAGCCGCCGCCUGGUGUUAAACUUGUCCUGUUUUUCCCUGUCUGUCCAACUCAAACCAAUAGCCUGGCAGUCCCAUCUAUAAUCCCUCGGAAACUACCAGUUCCAGAUAUCCAAGUCAAGCAUCAAGCGGCUCGCCCACCUCUCUCAAGUCAUGAACACCAUAGAGUGAAGGCUGAGAGAGUGAAUGUCCCUCUGAAUUUGGUAACUGGGAUUAAACGAGAUCGAGAAUGCGACUCACCUCUGGACUUGUCUAAGAACUGUAACUCAUCUAAGUCAGCUAAGAGUGAUGUUCCUCAUCUUCCUAUUAAAAGUGAGCCAGAAGAAUUUGAAAUCUCAGGAGAGGCUAACGGCACUGAAAGACAUGAAUUAAAAAACUCUGACAGCAAAGCUAUUGUUAAAAAACUUAAAAAAGAGGCAGAUACAUAUACUAUCAUGAAGCAGGUGAAAAUUGAUAUUUCCCCUCUUAAUAAUAAUACGACAUCCUCUGGACUAAUAAUGGACAUUAAGAAAGAGCCUCAGUCUCCUGGUUCUGAUUUUGACGUGUAGCGGUCCAGAUCACGCCAGCCGACAGACCGGAGGCCAGAGAAAGAAAUGAAGAUGGAGGUUGAUGUUUCACACCCUGCCUGUGCUGAUAUGGAGAAAUGAAAUACAGUGAAGAAGAAAAGAGAAUAAAACUCCAUCUGCAAAUGACACACUUACUCUUUUGACCCGUACCUGUGACCACAAAAACAAAAAUGGAGGUGAUACUCUACAGCCAGAACGAUAUACUAACGAAUGAUGUAUAUAGUUCUGUCUAGGCAGUACAUCUACCAUUAUACCCUUAUAUGACAAAGCAGAUGUUUUCUACUUUUUCCACUUGCUCUUGAAGAAAUCUAGUGUUUCUAGCAGUUGUCUGUGUGAUUGUGGUUUAGAGUAAGAAAGAUUUGGGUUUUUCUGUAAUUUAAAGAGAACAUUCCAAGCUCUGGUACAUUAUGGCUUUUGUUUGAUUUGCAUUUUGGCUAAAGGUUGUUGUUUGGGCCAAUGGAGCAAAAUGGUACUGUAAUAGUUAUAAACUUUAUGCAAUAUCAUGCAGGAUUUUUCACUGCAUUAAAACUAUUCCUGAUUUCUACCCUUUACGUCCUUGUUAUUGUGUGGAGAAAUGAAAUUCUUUUCUAGCUAUAAUAUGUGUUAAGUUAAAUGAAAACACUGGAUUUCUAUAAUAAUGUGCAUAUUUGUUUAUAGCCACCUGAUCUUUUUAUAGUAUGUUAAAAAUGGAUGCAAAUCAUGAUACUGAUCCAUAACAUGACAUUCUGUAAACAUGUGAUUUACAUUUGGUGAAUCUUUACAGUCUGCAGGUAUAUGUUGAUGUUUUUUUUUAUAAAGGUUGCAAAAUUUGUUAUCGAUGCAAGCUCAGUAAAUAUCUUGUUGACAACA